AAAAAUAUAUUUAUAAACAUUUUUAUCUAAUUUUAUUGCAUUUUUAUUAGCUAAUACUAAUUUUUUUAAAAAGUUCAUAUAAUAUAAUAAUAUAGGAAAAAUUUAUGUAAAUGUAUGAUCAUGGAAACUCACUAAUUCUCGAUAUUUGUAAGCGAAAAACAUUCAUGUAUUCUGAAAACGCUAAAAGACCAAAAUAGGCAACUUUGAUAAAAAAAAUAUUAACCAAAACAGUAAAUUAAAUGAAUCUAAUAUAUAAUACUAAAUUCAAAAAGAAGAUUCUAAAGAAAUAUAAUAAUAAUAUAAAUCUAAAGAAUAUAAAAUGAAUAAUUAUUAUUGAUGAAACAAAUAAGAAAAAUUGAUUCUGAAGCACAAUAAAUACUUGAUCAAUGAAGAAAUAACAAAAAAGGGUCUUAAGAUGUCUUAUCCGUAGGACAUAAUAUUUAAAAAAGCUGUCUUAAUAAAAUAUAAUAUGUAAAAUUGGGAAUAAAAAAAAUUAGAUGGCUUGAGGCUCAACUGCAUUGCUUCAUA